AUGGGUGCAACCCCUUUCCACCCUUCGAUCCUCAAGGUCCAGCUACCGAAAAACUUUGACAAGCCUACGGACAUGAGGUACGAUGGGACGAAAGACCCACAGGAACAUCUGACGGCCUUUGAGACCAGAAUGAACCUGGAGGGUGUUAGUGAGGCUGUCAGGUGCCGUGCUUUCCCAGUAAUCCUGGCAGGUCCAAUAAUAUGGUGGUUUAAUGCGCUCCCGCAGGAGUCUAUUAUGGCCUUCGCGGACAUCUUACAGAGGUUCUUAGCGCAGUUCACCACGCGGAUAGCCAAAGCCAAGCACUCGAUCAACUUGUUAAGGGUCACGCAACGUGCUGGCGAGCCAACGAUGAAGUUCCUCGAUCGGUUCAAUGAUGAAUGUCUAGAGAUUGAUGGCUUGACGGACUCGGUAGCAAGCCUAUGCCUGAUAAAUGGCCUAUUGAAUGAGGACUUUAAGAAGCAUCUCACUACUAAGCCUGUUUGGACGAUGCAAGAAAUCUAA